AGCGACGCUGGACGCAGAGCCGCAUGCGCCUCCAGAGAUUCAUUCUCGCCGGGACGCGCUUACGGUGCGCAGCAGCAUCGGCAUGUUGCCCAGGCUCAACGCGCACCUCCUCCUCGCGGCAACGCUCUGCUCCUGUCUGAGCGCCGUCAUGGACGUCGGGGACGAGAUGAGCGCCGAGCAGAUCGCCACCGAGCUCCAGGGCAACGGCACGGCACAGGAGGUGCCCGUCGGCAGGACUCUGCUCCUGCUGCACCUGCUCAAGCAGAAGCUCUACAAGCUGCACCAGCUCGACCGGAUCCCCACGACCUCGCCGCCCUUUCUUGGCUGCCUCUGCGUGCCUUUUUAUCUCUGCGACAGCAACAACAGCAUCAUCAGCGACGGGACCGGUGUCAUCGAUGUCCGCUACCGGCGGUGCACCGGCGAUCUCGAAGUCUGCUGCUUUUUGCGUGCGAGCACCGUUGUGGUUUUGCCGACGACCACGACGACCACGACUCGACGGCCUCCGGUGACGAUACCGACGACUCCUCCGACGACUCCUCCGACGACUCCUCCGACGACCACGACGACCACGACUCGACGUCCUCCGCUGACGAUACCGACGACUCCUCCGACGACUCCUCCGACGACUCCUCCGACGACUCCUCCGACGACCACGACUCGACGACCCCCGGUAACGAUACCCACUACGCCGCCGACGACCAGGCCUCCGACGACGAUGCCCACGACCGUCGCAGCCCCGCAGCAGAUCCUUUACUGCAGCUGCGUGCCCGUCUACCAGUGCGCUCUCCACGGCAGCGGCGGCAUCGUCGACGGCACCGGCAUCAUAAAUCCGCGCCAGCAGCUCGCCAACACCUGCAUCGGAGCUUUCGUGUGCUGCAAUUACGCGCCUGCCCAACUGCCAGUGCAGAAGCCGACGCCCGGCCCGACCUUUCCGCCGUUCACGCUACCGGUCCCCGUGACCGCGGCGCCAGUGGUCACCCUCCCGCCGAUAGUUAUCGGCCAGAGCUGCCUCUGCGUGCUGCUGACCGCCUGCAACGUAGGCUACUUUCCGAUCACGGCUGUCGGCAACAUCGAUCCCAGACUCAUACUCGGACGUCAGGGCCAGCCGGUCGGCACCUGCUCCGCUCCGAACUCCAUGUGCUGUCCGCUGGCCCAGGCUAACCCGGUCGUAUCGCAGACGCAGACCGUGGCGUCCAGCAACAUAAUCGCGGGCGACAUCAAGAACCCUGGCACGGCGAACGCUUGCACGUGCAUAGCUGCGAACCAGUGCGCCGAAGGCAACGCGGUGACCUACGACGGCGUGGGGGCCAUAGAUCCGCGCUUCGGGCCAUGCUCCAGUGCCACCUUGGUUUGCUGCCGGCUGCUCAACCGAGAGCGGACCGAGCUCGUCAUCGGUAUUUCUACCGGGCAGAACCCCGUCUACGUAAAUCCACUGCCGGUCGUCACCGGGCAGCAGACCCCGGCCGCUUGCGGAUCGAGAGACGCGCGCUACGCCAGCCUCGCUCAGCAAGUAGCCGGCACUGCGUACUUUGCGGAAUUCCCCUGGAUGUCGCUUCUCCUGAUACGCAAAGCUGCAAGCAGCGACGUUUUCCAAUGCGGCGGCUCACUCAUCAACAGCAGGACAAUUCUCACGGCUGCUCAUUGCGUCGUAAGCUGUGAUCCUGGAAGUUUGGUAGCACGCGUUGGCGAGUGGAACACGCAGAGCGCGAACGAGCCGCUGCCCUUCCAAGAGGUUCCCGCGCAGCGAAUCGUUGUUCACCCCCAGUUCUUCGGCGGAGGUCUCUACCACGAUGUUGCCCUCGUCAUCUUGCAGAGGCCCCUGACCUACGCCAUCAACGUUAGGCCCGUGUGUCUUCCAACGCAGGGACAAGUUUUUGCUGCAGGAACUAUCUGCUACGCUUCUGGUUGGGGCCGCAGCGCUUUCGGCGACGGUGGCGCGUAUCAAACGAUUCUGCGCAAAGUAGACCUGCCCAUCAUCGAUAAUGCUAGUUGUCAAACUCGCCUGAGAGCCACGAGGUUGGGCCAGUUUUUCCAAUUGCAUCCCAGUUUCAUAUGCGCUGGAGGCGAAGCGAGUAAGGACACUUGUUACAAAGAUGGCGGAGGACCCUUGGUUUGUCAAGAUCAGUCCGGCAGAUUUAUCCAGUCUGGAAUAGUCUCCUGGGGCAUCGGCUGUGGCAGUAAUACACCUGCGGUUUACGCGAGUGUCGCGCAGCAUAGACAAUGGAUAGAUCAAACGUUGUCAGUUAAUGGAAUUUAUAACUGAAAUUCGCUUAGCUUCACGUUUUCUUUUCUUUUCUUUUCUUUUUUUUCACCACAGUCUACUUACUAAUAUUACGCAGCAAUUCUGCGGUUGCAAUUCGUCGCGGACGCUGUAUUCGGCAUAAAUUAUCUGGUUAUUUUUGAAACUUCAUGCCUUGCCAUCUAGUCUUUAGCAUUUACAUGCGUGUGCGUCGUAAGUUUAUUAAUUUCUUUUUUACCAUAUGAUAUUACCAUGAUGCAUUUCAUGUGAAAGAAAUUUAGCAUUAGCUUAUUAUUCUUAAAAAGUAUUCGGUUGAUCCAAAAUAAAUAUUAACUGUUUGUCAAGUACAUAAUAAUAAAUGUAAACUAGAUUUUGCAAACAAACGUGUGUAUU